GGCUCUGUGUGGGGCUCUCGGUUGGCGCGGCAGUUUUGACAGUGUGUGCAACUCUUUGCGAAAGUCGUGUUUGUUUUCAGUGUGCUUAGUUUGUAAAGUGUUGAAGUCAAUCGACAGUUUUUACUGCCGGUGUUACUGCUCAUCGUGUUUGGAAUGUUUUGGGACCGCUCCUGUCAUUGAUCGCAUGGAUAAGUAGCAACUAGGGUUAAAAGGUUCGGAAUCUUUCUGAUAAAUUUCAGGAAUUUUUCUGGAAAUUUUCCAUGGGAAGCUUAGCCCUGGAAUUUUGCUUAAAUUCAUCAAAAAAGUUAGCUUAUAACAGUGAACCUUUUUUUGUGGGAUACACAACGCAAUUCUAGGUCUUGUGGCAUAUUAUUUUGGUUAAACUACCCCCCAAUUCAAUAGAAUUGCAACCCUCUGCAUGCACAACUCAUUCUUCAGUCACAUGUGCAGUGCACUCUUCCAUUACACAUACAGCUAAUUCUCAAGAUCUUGCACACUAAUAAGAUGCUAUUGAGUCCAUACUACUACACUGUUUGAGCCAAGGACUACAUGCUUUCUGGAAAAUGCCCAUGGGCACUAUCUGAUGUGUGAAGACAUUUCACUGCAGCCAAUGUAGAAGGAAAAGCUGUGUACAUUUGCAAAUAAUGUGCCAAAUCAUAUGUGAAGAAUGCCACAAAGAUGCAGAAUCAUCUGGCCAAGUGCAUCAAGUUCCCUCAGCGCUCACAACAAGCAACCUCUGACAAAAGUCCCUCUACUUCUAUUCCAGCUGCAUAACACUGAAUCCAGUGUCCCUUGCAAGCAGCAAUCUAUUAUCAAGGGUGAGAAAUGCAUACAAAGGUGAGUAGCAACCAUGCCCAACGGGUUUUGUCCUUUCUGAAUGAGCAGAGGAGUCUCAGCUCGUUCUGUGAUGCCAAACUGACUGUAGGAGGUGGUGGGAGGGUGUACAAUGCCCAUCGCAAUAUCCUGGCCUGUUUCAGUGGGCGGUUUCAGGAGUCCGAGCCAACCACCACCAUGGUUAAGGAGGUCUCCCUCCCAGAGGAGUUCCCCACUGAUGGCCUGGAACUGCUUCUAGACUUUUUCUAUACCGGGGAGUUAAACCUUGACUCUCUGAAUCUGGAGAAUGUGCGACAGGCUGCAGACAGCCUAUGUGUACCAGAUGCGCUCGCACUUUGUCAGCAGUUUGCCACAGAAGGGACAGUUUCUCCAGAAGGACUGCAGUCUGCAUGUCUUCUGAGCCAUCAUUUUCAGCCAAUCUCAGCUGUAACUUAUGUAGGAACCAAGGUCACCCUAAAAAGAGGGAGGCCCCCUAAAAAAAGAGGGAGGCCCAAAAAAUCCCAAACCCCUAGUAGCGGCACAAGUAAGAAGGAUUGUCUGGAAGCUACCGCCACCACAACUGCCAUCACAACUCGCUCUGGGAGUAGGGUGAAGGCCUCCAGAAGACCGUUUGGAGAGGGCCCCGGUGUGCGUCUCCUGCCCCAUGUGGGGACCACUAGCAGGGGGACUCCACCACUAGUUAUUAGCCUAAAGGAUAGGAGUGAUGGGGCUGAGGAGGAGGGACAACGCCUCCCUCAGCCUACAGAUACAACAGAGGUAACAGAUGUGUUCGGCAACCUUGUACCAGAUUUGAGCUACAAAGCUAAUUCUCAUCUGCAGCCUCUUGAUGAAGAAGACUAUGAUGAUGAUGAUGAUGGCGAUGGUGGUGAUUUGGUGGAGGGGGUAGCUGAGGACACUGAUGAAGAGUAUGUGCCCCAUGCCCUGCUGCCUACCUCCUCCAGCCCCAAAGGCAGACGUAAAGGACCAACCAAAGCUGUCAAUAAAGAGAACGGUGAACGGGCAGCCAAGGGGUCUACAAAGGGCUCUGUUCAGUGCCCCACCUGCAAUAAGACCUUCCUCAGCAAGUAUUACCUCAAAGUACACAACAGGUGUCAUACAGGUGAGAAGCCCUUUCCAUGCUCUAAGUGUGGAAGGAGGUACUACAGGAAGGAGAAUCUGAUGGACCACCAGGCCAGAAACUGCAACUGUGGUGAAAAAAUAAAAGUGGUACACAACUGCCUUCAAUGCCACAUGUCAUUUGACAGAUUGGGGGAUCUACGUCUGCACACGGUCUCCCAUACAGGGGAAAUGCCCAAUAAGUGUACGUCAUGCUCGGAACAGUUCAUGCAUAAAAAAGAUUUAAGAAGUCACGAAAUCAAAAUCCACGGUGCACCCAAACCACAUGCAUGCUCUCUGUGCAGCAAAGCAUACCUGUCUAAAACAGAGCUGCGUCUGCAUGAGGCGUCCAAGCAUCGCGGCGAGAAGCUCUUUGUGUGUGAGGAGUGUGACCAUCGAGCCUCCAGCCGACACGGCCUGCAGAUGCAUAUCAAAGCCAUUCACAGAAACGAGCGUCCAUUUGUGUGUGAGUACUGCAACCGUGCGUUCACCCAGAAGGCUAACCUUAACAUGCACUUGCGGGUUCACACUGGAGAGAAGCCCCAUCAGUGCCACCUCUGUGGGAAGACCUUCCGGACACAAGCCAGUCUUGACAAGCACCACCGAACCCACACAGGAGAGCGACCUUACAGCUGUGAGUUCUGUAACCAGCGCUUCACAGAGAAGGGACCAAUGCUCCGCCAUGUUGCCAGCAAGCACCAGGAGGACCGCCCUCACUGUUGCAAGAUAUGUGGCAAGACCUUCAAGGCCGUCGAGCAACUCCAUGUCCAUGUGCGUCGCCAUCAGGGCAUGAGGAAGUUUGAGUGCGAAAAGUGUGGCUACAAGUUUACCAGACAGGCUCACUUACGGCGUCAUGUUCAGGUCCACACCCGUACAGAGAACUACAAUCCACGGGAGAGAAAGCUACGGAACCUGAUAGUAAAGGACGUGGGGUUGCAGGAUGAGACUAGCCCCUCACAGAUACCACCCACUGAGAAGGAGACACCCGAGGGGCCAGCGCCUGUCUCUGGACCCAGUGUCCCAGUCUCUGUUCCUGUCCCAGUCUCUGUUCCUGUCUCUGGACCUAUACCUGGACCUGGAACUGUACUAGGAGCCAGUGACAUCCUCAGGGUGGUGAUCCAGCCCCUUACGGAGGAGGUGGUGUCCAGCCAAGGGCAGAUGGAUGUGGGCAUUAACCAGGACCAAGUGGGCUUUACCCAGGUUGGGGUGGCACAGGGACAUGGCCAGGUGGAUGUGAUAUCCAUCAGCCAGGGUUUGCGUGUGGCGGGGCAUAGCUUCAAUGUGACAGAUGUGAUGGAGCAGACUCUACUGGUCGCAGAUUACCCCAUCCCUGAGACCACGGUGGAAUUGGAGGACAUGCAGGAGGAUCCUCCUGCUAAGAGCAAGGCCUGAGGACUAAGAGCAAGGCCUGAGGACUAAGAGCAAGGCCUGAGGACUAAGAGCAAGGCCUGAGGACUAAGCGCAAGGCCUCUGAGGACUAAGCGCAAGGCCUCUGAGGACUAAGAGCAAGGCCUGAGGACUAAGAGCAAGGCCUGAGGACUAAGAGCAAGGCCUGAGGACUAAGAGCAAGGCCUGAGGACUAAGCGCAAGGCCUCUGAGGACUAAGCGCAAGGCCUCUGAGGACUAAGAGCAAGGCCUGAGGACUAAGAGCAAGGCCUGAGGACUAAGCGCAAGGCCUCUGAGGACUAAGAGCAAGGCCUCUGAGGACUAAGAGCAAGGCCUCUGAGGACUAAGCGCAAGGCCUCUGAGGACUAAGAGCAAGGCCUGAGGACUUAGAGCAAGGCCUGAGGACUUAGAGCAAGGCCUGAGGACUAAGAGCAAGGCCUGAGGACUAAGCGCAAGGCCUCUGAGGACUAAGCGCAAGGCCUCUGAGGACUAAGAGCAAGGCCUGAGGACUAAGAGCAAGGCCUGAGGACUAAGCGCAAGGCCUCUGAGGACUAAGAGCAAGGCCUCUGAGGACUAAGAGCAAGGCCUCUGAGGACUAAGCGCAAGGCCUCUGAGGACUAAGAGCAAGGCCUGAGGACUUAGAGCAAGGCCUCUGAGGACUAAGAGCAAGGCCUCUGAGGACUAAGAGCAAGGCCUCUGAGGACUAAGAGCAAGGCCUCUGAGGACAGGACAGACUGGUUAGUAUCUCACACUGCUAGACAUUCUCAUUGGAGAAGCCUAGAGCAGCUUGAGUACUUCAAGAACUCCCACACUGUGGCUACUCGCUCUGCUCUGCAGUCGAAGCAUUCAUUUAAUUUCAGUCAUUAUUGUAACCAUGUUUUCUGUCUAAAUUACUGUACAGAAAAACUGGUUCCCACUCAGCCCAGUAGAUGAUGAACCCCUCAAGACAUUCCCCUACUCUGUGGGCAUCUUAUUCAUUUUGCCUGUGCAUUGGGUCUGACGAUGUAAUAUAAGUUGGCUUAGGUUUUAUGAAGUUUGUUCAAAUUUAUUUAUAUAGCCCUUCGUACAUCAGCUGAUAUCUCAAAGUGCUGUACAGAAACCCAGCCUAAAACCCCAAACAGCAAGCAAUGCAGGUGUAGAAGCACGGUGGCUAGGAAAAACUCCCUAGAAAGGCCAAAACCUAGGAAGAAACCUAGAGAGGAACCAGCCUAUGUGGGGUGGCCAGUCCUCUUCUGGCUGUGCCGGGUGGAGAUUAUAACAGAACAUGGCCAAGAUGUUCAAAUGUUCAUAAAUGACCAGCAUGGUCGAAUAAUAAUAAGGCAGAACAGUUGAAACUGGAGCAGCAGCAUAGUCAGGUGGAAGUUGAAACUGGAGCAGCAGCAUGGUGUGUUUUUACACAAUUUGAUGAGAUAAGUCAAUAGGUCAGGUUGUGAGAAGUGAAUGUAAAUCAAUGGGAUUGUCUUGCAUCAUCAAGUCAAACGGUAAACAGAAUAAAGUGGCAGUCCUGCCUGCAGUUUUAUUGUAA